CUCAAAAGGACCCGAUAAUAAAAUGGCCGAGUGUCCGAUCCUUCUCUCUUAAAACCCCCUGGCUUUCUCUUUUCUCUAUCUAAACCCAAUCCCGGCACAACAACCUCCGACUCGCCAAGUCCUUGCCUGGUUAGGCCCGUGCUUUCACGCGACUCCGUAGCAUCCUAUAAUCCUGUCUCGUUUACUGCAUUAGUUUUGAUCAAAGGUUUUUUAAAAAAUCUUUCGUAGAUCCAGCUCGCGGUUCUUUGAGCAUCGAAUUACUUUAAUAGCUGAAUAAGAUCAAUGGAGGUUAUUUACUUGUGAGUUUUAUUGAGGAAAGUGAAUUUUUUAGGGAUCUUUUUUUGAUAGAGGAUGAGAGAAGGGUUGAGAUCUAGUGUCAAUUUAUUGGCGAAAAUGGAGAAAAAUGAGGUUUCUCCGAGCAAGGAAAUGGUUACUGAGAAAGUUGGUGGUUUGAAACAAGGAGAUUGUGAAUUCACUGACGAGGAGAACCCGAAAUUGAAUCAAGAAGAGGCGUUAAAAGAAGAAAUGGAAGUGAAUCAGAGAGAUAGGCUUAAAAUCGAAGAAUGUGAAGGAGGGAAUGAUUUGAGGGAGUGUAAUGCUGUUGAGGGUAGUACGAAUAGAAGGAAAAGAAGUAUGGUUGAUGGUGAGGGAGAGAUUGAGGAUGGUGGCGUUGAAAAGAAGAAGCUAAAGGAGGGUGCGGAUGGUGAAAAUGUGGUUGUCGUCAGGGUUCUGCGGUCAAGGUCUGUGACAAAAACUAAGAGUAGGAAGGAGGUUGAUAGAGGGCAGCAGACCGGAGGGAGUGAUGGCUCUGAGAGGAAAAGGGUUGAGGUAAAAAUAGAAGAGAGGGAUCAUUCUGAUGGUGAAGACAGUGGGAAAUUAGAUAAUGAGGCCAGGGAUAAAUCAAAGCAAAAUCAUGGUAGCUCACCCAAGGACCAGAAGAGUGACAGGACUGAGAAGAGAUUGGCUGAGGUGAAAAAGAAAGAUAGUGAUCAUUCUGAUGGUGAAGACCCUGACCAGUCAGAUAACGAUGCAGGGAGAAUGUUAAAGCACAAGCGUGGGAGGCCCCCCAAGGCUCAGAAGAGUGAUGGGCCUGAGAAGAAAAGGAUUGAGGUGGUAAAUGAAGAAAGUCAUCAAUCUGCUGGUACAGAGAUUGAACAGGCAGAUAAUGAGGCAAGGGAAAAGUUAAAGCCCAAGUGCGGGACACCCCCCAAGGUUCAGAAGAAUGAUGUGUCUGAGAAGACAAGGGUGGAGGUGAAAAGGGAAGAGAGUGAUCAAUCUGCUGGCGAAGAGAGUGAUCGAGCACAUAGUGGGGCAAGGAAAAGAUUAAAGCAUAAACAUGGAAUGUGCCACAAAGGGCAGAAGAGUGAUGGAUCCGAGAAGAAAAGAGUCAAGGUGGGUAAAGAAGGCAGCCAUCAAUCUGCUGGUGAAGAGAGUGAACUGUCAGGUAAUGAGAUGAGUGAAAAAUUAAAGCCUAAGCGUGGGAGACCCCCCAAGGCUAAGGAAAGUGAUGAGUCUGGGAAGAAAAGUAUUGAGGUGGUUGAUGGUGACUCUGCAGAAUCUUCUGGUCAAGAGAGUGAUGAAUCUUAUGGUAAAAUGGGGAAGAAGCGGAAGCCUAAGCGUGGGAGACCCAGCAAGUUGAACAAGGGUGUAAAGGUGGGUGGGCUAUGGAAAAGACAGCGGGGGGAAAUGACAAGACAUAAUAAGAACCACAAUGUGGGAGCUAGAAGUGCAGUAUCUGGAAAGAAACUUGGGAAAAAAUCUAAUGCAACAAAGUUAGCCACAGCUAGGAAGAACAAAUGCAGCAAUGAUGAAAAGGAAGAGGGGAGAAGUAAACAGAAGGCAGUAGUGAGAGAAAAAAUUAUAGAACUUCUUUUGGGUGCAGGCUGGACAAUUGAGCGUAGGCCUAGGAAUGGUAGAGAGUACUGUGAUGCUGUGUAUGUUAAUCCUGAAGGAAGGACUCAUUGGUCUGUUACCUUGGCUUACCGGGUGCUUAAGCAGCAUUAUGAAGGUGGUGGUGGUGAUUCAAAUACUUGUAAGACUGGUUUCAAGUUUACUCCUCUACCAGAUGAAGAACUCAGCAUACUAGCAAAAGUAAUAGGCAAGGAAAGGAGUGAUAAAAAUAAAAAGAAAAAGAAAUGGAAGCAAGUGAAGGAUGGGAAAACAGGUGAAGGAGUUGCAAAAGAGAAAAAUAAGAAAGGAAAACUGCACAAGAGAAAACAGGAUGCUGUGGCAAUUCCUGGACGUAAGAAGUUGAAGGACAGUACAAAACGGAAAUCUUCUCUCUGCGAACAGGAUGACUGUGCGGGUAUGUCAGAUGACGGAACAACAGUCAGGGAUUAUAAACAACUCAAAACACAUAAUAGAAAGCGGUGUGCUCUAAUGAUUCGCAACUCCAAGGAGGGUGCAGGUUCAGAUGGUGGCGGCUAUGUGCUUUAUAAUGGGAAGCGAACUGUACUCGCCUGGAUGAUUGACAUGGGCACUGUUCCAUUGGCUGGAAAGGUGCAGUACUUGAAACGCAGGAAGACACGAACAGUCCUGAAGGGUAAAAUCACAACAGAUGGCAUUCAGUGUGAUUGUUGUGGUGAAACUUUUGCAAUCUCGGACUUCGAGGCUCAUGCAGGCAGCAAAUCCUGCCAGCCACUCAAAAACAUAUUCUUGGAGAAUGGACCUUCACUCUUGCACUGCCAGCUAGAGUCAUGGCAUGGACAAGAUGAAUCUGAUCGUAAAGGGUUCCAUUUUGUUGAUAUUGAUGGUCAAGAUCCAAAUGAUGAUACAUGUGGGAUCUGUGGAGAUGGUGGAAACCUUAUUUGCUGUGAUAGUUGCCCAUCAACAUUUCAUCAAAGCUGCCUAGAGAUAAAGAAGCUCCCUUCAGGGGUCUGGAAUUGCACAUAUUGUUCAUGCAAAUUUUGUGGGAUGGCUGGUGGGGAUGCAUGUCAGAUGGAUGAGAAUGAUGCUGCUGCCGGACCUGCAUUACUGACAUGUUGUUUGUGUGAGGAGAAAUAUCACCACUCCUGUAUUCCUGCUGAGGACACUAUAAAUGAUUAUCACAGCAGUCUAUCCUUCUGCGGGAAGAAAUGCCAAGAGUUACAUGAUAAACUACAGGCGCUUCUUGGGGUUAAACAUGAAAUGGAAGAGGGCUUUGCAUGGACUGUUGUUCGCCGAUUUGAUGUUGGCUCUGAUAGUACUCUCAGUGGAAUGCAUCGGAAAGUUGAAUGCAAUUCCAAGGUAGCUGUUGCGUUGCACAUAAUGGAUGAGUGCUUUUUGCCCAUGCCUGACCAUAGAAGUGGGGUUAACCUGAUUCGUAAUAUUGUAUAUAAUUUUGGGUCAAACUUCAAUCGACUGAACUACUGUGGUUUUCUGACUGCAAUUCUAGAGCGAGGGGAUGAAGUAAUCUCUGCUGCAUCCAUUAGGAUCCAUGGGAACCAGUUAGCAGAGAUGCCAUUCAUUGGGACCCGCCACAUGUACAGGCGGCAAGGAAUGUGCCGCCGGCUUCUAAGUGCAAUUGAAACUGCUCUCUGCUCUCUAAAUGUCGAGAAAUUGGUCAUACCUGCAAUCUCUGAGCUAAGGGAAACCUGGACUUCUGUUUUUGGUUUUAAACAACUUGAAGGAUUGAGCAAGCAAAAAAUGAGGUACAUGAAAAUGGUGGCAUUCCCUGGCGUUGAUAUGUUACAAAAACCUUUGUUGAAGGAUCAUCAGUUUGCUGAAGCAUAUACGGUUCCCACUGAAGGUUUGACAUCCUUGGAACUCAAGGAACAAUAUACCAUAGAUGAGAUAUCAUGUAAUUCUGAUGAGAAAUGUUCGUCAGUGAGAUUUGAUUUAAAAGGUUCUAGUGAAAUUAGUAUACCUCAUACUGGCAACAUAAAUGAUCAAGCUGCUGCAGUUGAAUCUGGUUCCCUUCCUGAUUGCCUGAAUGAUAUUUCUGAUGUUACAAGUGAAAAUACUAAUCUACCUGCUUGUCCCAAGGACAAAGCUGUUGAUCAAUUGAGUGCGGUUUCUAUUUCUUUGUGUGAUGCCAAUGAACAAACUAGAGAGGUGGCUGAACAUCAGAGUGCUGUUUCUGGUUCCAUUGCUACCUCUGAUUGUGAGAGGAAGCUGAAAGGGGAUACACAUAAGGACCAGAAUGAUGUUUCCAAGAUCGAAAGCAAGCUGUUUGACGUAUCUUUUAUUGGGUCUGAAGCGGCUGACUCUCAAGGGAAGUGUCAGUGUGCUUCCAGGGAGGUUACUGAGACUGUUCCUUGUGAAGUGAAAGGUGAAGAUAGCAGCGAUAGACAGAACCUCGAUUCGCUUGAUGAUGAUUCUAUGCCCACUUCAAAAAUCAUAGCAAGUCAACUCCAGCACUUUGCUUUUGGGCACGAACUUAAAGUUUCAGAUAUCAAUGCUGUUCACUACGAGUCCGCUACCUGCAAUAUUUCCAGUGAUAUAGUUCAAUCAACAACCACAACAGUUCCCCAGAAAGUGCAAGAUGCUGUUUAUGGUCAUUGUGGGGCAUUGCCUGUCGACCAAAAUAUUAGCACUUCUUGUCAGGGCAAGGGGCCUAGUGCGAAGGAAAUGGUUGUCCUGGCUACUGCUGAUUCCAAUUCUGUAGAUUCUGAUGUCACUGCAAAAGCAGAUCUGCAAUCUUGCAGAAGUAAUGGAUCUUGUAUUGCCACAGAGCUCAUAGUGAGCCCUUGUGGAGUUGAUGCGGAUGGCGUCCAUGACCUUGAAGAAGUGUCUGACACAGUUCAAAGUGAUGCGCUUUCUCCUGAUGGAGGUUUAAUUUCUGAUGGGCCUCGGAUUAAUACCAAAUCUUCAGAGCACCCCAGUUCUGUUUCUGAGGUCGAGCCUGCUAAUUUGACACAGUGCGCCUCUGAACCUUUAUGCAAUUCAAGCUCUGCUCCUGGUGUUGGCCUGCACUGUGCCUCAGGUGAUGGUAAUUCAUGCGUUGCACCUGAGGUGAUAAUUUUGUCAAAUCAGGCUAGUUGAUUCCGAUUGGCAUACUCUUUUUGGCGAUAGAAAGAUGGCAUUUUGUGGAUGGCGGCCAUGGAUAAAUGUGAUGAAGUUUUCUUGCAGAACUUGAAUGUUCUCUUCACAGACCGCGUUAUGCGAUUUUGUAAUUGAUUAGGAUGCCGAUAUAGCAUUCGGAUGCCUCAUUUGAUGGUGAUGAUUGAUGACAGCUUUGGCAGGUGUUCACAGACAAAGGUUGUCGUCUUAAUCAAAUGCCCAUCUAACAUUAUAGAGGACAUCUUUUUGUACAGUUAGAGCAGUCCAAGUCUUCAGUACUUUCUAAGUCACAUGUUAGAUUUUAGAUGCAAUUGAGGGUUGUGCAUCUUGACCUCUCCUAUGCCUAACGUAAAUGGAAAAAAAAUUCCAUUGCUGAAGUUUAUGAAAGAGCCUUGCUUGCUGUGA